AUGCAACUUAAAUUCAUUUUAAAUAAUGUAACUCCGAAGUUUUUGAAAUAUGGAGUGAGAGAUGAAAUACGAAACAGCAUUAUAAACUACAAAGACAACAUCCCUAAAAAAUUUCAUAAAUAUUAAAAUUUGUAAGCUAAAAUGCACAAGUACCAAGAAACAUCCAAAUAUAUAAUUCUAAUUGCACCAAUAUUUAUCAAAUACAUUUAAAGCAAUUUAAUCUACUUUUAAAUAAAUGCAUGUAAUCAAAAUUCUAUAAGUUAGUCUUGUUUAAGACAUAUAUUUGCUAUUAUUCUAUCAACGAGAAGUAACUUUAUCAAUAAAUAACUCCUAUUUGCCAAAAAUAACUCAAGGGAAGGAACAAACUUAAUAUGUAUUAUCUACCUUAAGAACGAACCAAUAAUACAAUUAAUAAAUGUAGUGACGUUGACUACGGAAGCUUAGGAAGUCGAACAUAAAUGCAGGCACCAGGAUCUAGUAAGGUUUCCUAAUAAAUAACCAAAAAUAUUAAGAAACAAUAGCUGA